ACCAAACACCAACAUCACCUUCACCUACCCGACCCGACCCGACCCACACCAAGUGCGCCCGUCCGGGUAUGUCGUGUGGCCGCGUAGGAACGAACUGCUAUGGCCGAAGAUUUGGCUGAUCAAAUUGACGACUAUAUCUGUGUAUUUGAAGGAGCCGGUGAUCUAACGAUGGAUACGUUCGUAAUGUUACUGUUCGCGCUGAUCGUGGUAGUGAUAUCGCUCGUGUUUGCGACCAAACUGAUCUACGACAAGUACGUGCUGCGCAAGGGCGCUACGGCCAGCGGGACCGCCGAUGGUGGCACCGUCCCCAUCCCGGCCGGUACGGCGACCGGUGGUGUGUCACCGGUUGCGGCAACGGGUGUGACCGCGGGAACGCGUGCCUCCGAACCGAAGGAGGUGCUCACCAAAAAGGAUGCCAUUUUGUCCCAAGUUCGCAAUGGCGGCAGUGGUGGCUUGGGCGGUGGAGCAAGAACUGGUGGUGGAUUCGGUGGCGGUAGUAUCGGUGCCGCAAGCGGUCCCACGAUUGCCCGCAAACGCAUUUCCCGCAUGAGUCCAGGCCCCGAGCUGAGUCAGAAAAAGCGUCCGGUGAUACCGCCAUCAAACAUUAAUGGCACUGAUCCGCAAAUCACCCAGUGGGCUGUCCAUCUGUUCCGCUGGUUGUACUCGGAUCUGGUGGUAGUGAACAAGCUGCUACAGGACUGGGUGUCCACUGUCAACACGGCACUACUGACGCACGUCGAGCAGCACGAAAUGAUUGUCGAAAUUGUGCGCGUACUGCCGGAAAGUUUGCCGCCGAAUCUGUCGAGCAUCUUGUGCGAACCGACCGAUCAAUCGAACGAAGUCGAACUACUGUUUGAUGUCGAUACUACGCCAGUGCUGCAGAUUAAAGCCUUCAAGUCCAGUAACCAAAAAACGGAAGUGUCCCACUACAAGGCAACCGUCGCGCGCUUGAAGUCCCGUGUUAGCGUUAUCGUCAACUAUUUCGCACUCAAGGGAGAAAUGAAACUCGAAGGCUAUCCUGAUAUAAAAAUUCAUCUAAACAGCAUUGGACCACUGAAAACAGCAAACGCACAGGACGAAAAGAAACAGAUCGAUGUCAUUACGGAGCUGCUGAUCGGUUCGAUCCGUGAUGUAGUGUAUCCGAUUGACUUCUCCAUCUACUCCACCUGUCCGAGAAUAAUGGGCGAAGAGUCCGAGGAGGUCACUUCUGAUUAUGGCUACGGGGGCUACAGUGAUGGAUAUCGCGCUUAUCAAGAUGAUGCUUACGGUACCGGAUUAUCAGCAUCCCCAAGGAAAUUACUAGUCAAAGUGUUGAAAGCAGAAGGACUGUUGAAGUGCUCUCAACCUUACUGUGUGAUCGAAAUGGACGAACCUGCCCAGAAGCAUCAAUCUGCGACCAAGCAAGGCCAAAAUCCGUUCUUUGACGAAACCUUCCUGUUUGAUCUGUCGAACCAUUCGACCGAACUUCUGUUCGAGGUGUACGAUACUGUAGCCGUAGGUAAUGAUAAUUCGACAUCCAUGAACGAACAGGAAAGAACCGCUGGGAUUGAGACUAGCGGCGAUCCUCAAGCGGUUCCUUCUCCGACGGUUAACACGCCGACAUCGAGCAUGCCUUCGACGCCGGUCGUCGAUAGUACUAACAACACGUGUGAACCGAACGAACUGGGCAAUGGCAGCGAUGGUAUGCUAGCCACCGUUGCCGAAUGUCCAGAACCGGGUGCCGUAUCGGAGGACGAUACCGUCAAUCCGCUAACCGCCAAAGCUACCGUUACUGACUCCUGUGGCGAACCUGCAUGUUCUGAUACUAACCAAUCUAAAUCCCGUAAUGCAUCUGGUGGCCAAAAGUUCCUUGGAUUGGGUUUGGUAGGGAUCGACGAAUUGGCCAACGGUCCAGCCACAACACAGAUACUCGAGCUGCAGCCCCGUCCAUACGAAACGGAAACCAUUACCGGUUCCUUAACGGUUGAGUUUGUGUUCAUCGAUUCGCCACCGGUACCUGCAGCACGGCGACAGUACACUCAGCAAUCUUUCCACGCGAAUGGAAUGUCCAACUUUGCCCGAGAUGCCAUCACGAGCACGCCCGGCCCGGGAAGCCCGAAUGCGGUAAAUGGUGGUACGGGCACUACCGGAUCACCGAUGUCUCCGUCCUCACCGUCCAAGCUACUGUCAAACAAAGCACAGGCGAUGGCAGAACGCAACCAAAGGUUCCAAGCGGCAGAGGCUAAUCGAAUGAACAACUCGUUCCUGAAACCAUCCGCUGCUGGACACAUGAACAGCUUCAACGGUGGCAAAUCGGAAUCGACGCCCGCCUCGCCGGCGCUCUCCUCGGCCUCAGCCACCUCCCAGUCCAUGACGGCCAACCUAAGCAACAGUGCGCCGGUGAGCGUCAACUCAGUGCCGCCAGUUAAAAAACCGCGCAACAUCUUUGGCACGUUGCGCAGCAAGCUGACACCGUCCAAGAAGUCCAAAUCGUUGGAUGUGCCCCAGUACAGUCCAACCGCAACCGGAGGUAACGUGCGCAGCGCAUCGUCAACGCUCAGUCGAGGAUCGUCGCUCGAUCAAAGAUCGAACAUUUUCCGCAACCUAUCGCGCAAGUCAUCCAUCUCGGAAUCGUCCGCCAUAUCGGGAUUGUCCACCGGCAGUGGGCGAACGUACGUGCACGAAGAGUCAACGCUACUGCUCGAAACGACGGAAAACAAUGUGGUUCGCCAUUAUCUGGUCCCGCUCGAGGUGGCCAACAAGCAGAAGAACUGGAAGCGCAAAGGGACCAAGCUACACAUCUACAACGAUCACACGUUCGUUGCAAAACACAUCCCUGGUGGACUUCUGUGCUUUGUUUGCAAUCGCAGCAUACCAAGGCGCCCGGGAAAGCAGGGCUACGAAUGCCGGGACUGUGCGAUCCAGUGCCACAAGCCGUGCCACGUGCGGGCUCCCCAAGCCUGUCCGAAUCCGAAAAUACUGUCCAUGCAGCUUUUACGGUGGCCCUGGACGCAGUAAGGACACUUCCCCAAACCACACGGUGAACAGAUACAACUCUGCCAAAGCAGCAUUUACACACAGAGAAACUCAUACCCUAUCAUCGAUACAGGCGACUGAUAAAGAACGAAAUGCAGAUGCAGAAGUAAACAGGAACAGCAGUAACACACAAACAUUAGAUGAACACGAGAAAAAAAAAUUGGGACAAACAUUAGAAAAAUGCAUCAACGCGUGCAUAAAAAACCAGCCAUACGAAAUUUGCUUCGCAUCCUCGAUUUCAGCUUUCUUGGCUUAUUUUGCUGAACUAUUUAAAAAAGUGGAUAACAAAAAUAGUGUAAAAAAAUGAAAAAGUUGUAACUUUAAAAUUUAACAAAAAAAAACAAAAUGCACACAUUUCUCGAACGCUAUAGUGCCUAACUAUACGUAAAACAAUAUGAUAACGAUCUUUCGAAGAAUCAAAACAAGCAAACGAAAUGUAGUGUUUAUUUUUUUAAUUACGCUUCUGUUUGCAUUCUAUAUGCGCGGAUAGCUCACUUAUUUAAAAAACUUCCAGCUCUCUCUAUUUCUCCUUCACAAAAAAACACUACCUAUACGCGCGUAUUCCUCGCGCAUGUUUCUCAGAUUAACAAGUAAAGAAUUUCAUCACACUAAACACAAAAUCGUUAAGGUUGUACAAUAGCGGGGACGAAUAGUGAGGGUAUAUCGUGUUAGUAGUAGCUUGGGAAAGGAUAUCGAAUCAGUGCCUAAAGCGGGUUAUGAAUCUGAGCGUGAUUAGUCAUUACUACAUAAGAACAGAACAAAACCCAAUCAGGAGAAACAAUUGAUUUACUAGCGCCAAAAUAUGUAUGAUUUCCUACCUGUGUACGACACAUUGACUGUAGGAUUUUGCGAGAAACAAAUGCGUCUUUGAAACCCGUUCGAUACAAAGCGUGUUUGCCAGCAAUCGUUAAUACCUCUCUCUCGAAUUCGUAAAGUGGUGACCAAAACGUGACAACAAUCAACUAAAUCAAAAUACACACACUCACACUCCUUCUCCACUAGAAAACGACAGUUGUUAGUCAAAUCGGUAGAACAGUCAGUCAGUCUGGAUUAAUCGCAACGGAUGGACACCGUAGAAAGUGAAGUUUUAGCUUGCACCACUGUUGUUGUUUCUGUUGAUGUGGCGUUUUAUGUAACUGGAUCAUGAAUUUUGCUUUUAAUAUUAUUGUUCUUACCCUUACUGUUAUAGUACGAGUCUAUUUUUUGUAAACUUCUGUUGACACACAACGGUUAAUUUAAAACACUGUUCAGUUAAGGGUGAAAGUGAAUGAAUAAACGUUAAUAUAUUGUUACAAACGUG